ACUGAAGACAAAGGGAUAAGAGUCUCUACCAGGGCUUUACACAUGUUUCUAGAUGGACGAAAUCAAGGACAACUUGUUUUGAAUACAAAUAUGUCAAAAUCAAGACAAGAAAGAACUACAAUUGGCAACAGCAUUAAUGAUAAAAAAUAUUGUUGUUUUUGAAUGUAGGGAAUGCUUGCAGUCACACAAAGGAACCACAUUCAUCAACGCACACUUCAAGCACGUUCUUAGAAUAGGCUAUUGCUUACAUUAAACACCAUUAAAAUGUCAAAUGUAAUUCAUGAGAGAAAAUAACAAUGUUAAUAUCCCUAAGAUACUUUCAAUUUAAAUAAUUUAAUGUUAUCACAUAAACACUUUCUUUAUGCUUUACAUCAGAGUGCACGCUUUACAUUUUCAACCAAUUAGGAGAAGGACAGCUGGGAGGAGCUUGAUAAUCGGGCUCAAAUUCGGAAGAUUGACAACAAUCUGUCCAAUAAGAACCGCUUAAACGUGUUUGUUACUUUAGAUUGUCCAAUUACGUUUUAGAUCGACCGUCUCCAUUCUAACUAAUGGACUACAGUUGAGCCUAACAGAUGUCGCUGGUGUUCAUAACUCUCUCCUCAGCGUGUCAUUGAAACAGGCUUAUAUCACUGCCAUAAACAUCAAACAAAGUAUUUAUUUCGGAAGCAAAUUAUACCCUUAAAUUAAACUAGCUAUGGCUGAUACCGCAGUAGAGACGACCACAACCACCGAGAUUUCAGCAAAGGAGCUUAAAGAGAAGAAAGAGGUUGCCGAGGAGGUGAUGGUGGAGAAGAAGGAGAACGGCAGUGGGGACGCACCUGGCAAUGAAACACACACAAAUGGUGCAGAGGAGACAAAUGGUGCAAAAGAGAAGACAAAUGGUGCAAUUCAUUCUGAAGUAACUCCAGAGGUUGAAGAGGAUGGAGAGGGAGAGGAUGCAGAAGAAGAUGCAGAAGAAGCUGCUGAUGAGGAGGUUGGCCACCCUGUGAAGCGCCCAGCUGAGGAGGAGGAACAAGGGGAAACAAAAAAACAGAAAACAGAAAACGAUGACUCAAAGGAAGCUGAAGUGGAGGCCUAGAACACUCCGUCUGUACUCUUCCGCAGCUCUGUCUACAUGACGUUGUCAACUUUACCUUGUAGAGCUUGUGCUUUAUGUAUGUUUUACAGAUUUUGUUUGCCCCCAAGAUAUUACAUUGCACUGGAGUCCUUAAACAUAGUGGCCUCCUCCCUUUUUUUAUAAGAUGUUAUUUAUUGGUUUCUUACGCAAAAAAAACUUGUGCAAAUAGGAUCCAUGCUGUUUUAUCAGUAUGUUAGUUUGUUGUUGUUACUGCUGACCAGUUGAUUCAGGCAGGCAGCUGCACCCUUCUCCACAUUUUCAAGGUGACCUCAGACUCACUAAAGACCAAAGAUAAGUUUUAAGCAGGGGCUAAUGGACUAUUGUUAGCAUUAUUAGUUCAGGCUUUUUUAAUACCUUUUGUUUAGUGCUGCUGCUAGUAGUUAAUCCUUUGUCUGACUGAUCUGUUAACGCAACAAUGGCACAAAUAAAAGAACACCUCCGUAAUCAAAGAUGGCUUGAUCCUGUUUAGGGGUCUGGCUUCUGCAAUGUUAAUUACCCCCUGUUAAUUCUUAAGGCGUUGGUCAUAUGUUUUGUAUGCAUUUUAAAACAAGUUUGUACCCAAGAUACUGUUUUUCUGUUUUAUUUUCAGUUAUUUUUUUGUCUGGUUGACUCAAAUUGUCUAUAAUGGUCUUUAUCAGAACAACAUUCCCAACCUAGUGUUCUUUCUCUUCUAGUGCAGUUAUAUUUCAUGAUUGCUAUUUGGUUGCUUCGGCCACUGCUUUGUAUAUUCUGGUUGUUGAUGAUUAAAUAAGUCAGUCUUGUCUUUUUAA